CGGCGGCGCGGGACAGAAGCGGCUGCCGGGGCGCCUACCGCCGCCCUCGCAUCCCGGCUGGGAGCCCCAGCGCAACCUCGGCCCUCUCUUUCCCCUGUUCUGCAGGCUCGCUUCCGGCAUCAUGGCUCAAAGGGCCUUCCCGAAUCCUUAUGCCGAUUAUAACAAAUCCCUGGCCGAAGGCUACUUUGAUGCUGCUGGGAGGCUGACUCCUGAAUUCUCACAGCGUUUGACCAUUAAGAUUCGAGAACUCCUUCAGAGAAUGGAGAGAGGACUGAAGUCAGCAGACCCUCGUGAUGGCACGGGGUACACCGGCUGGGCAGGCAUUGCCGUGCUUUACUUACAUCUCUAUGAGGUGUUUGGAGACCCUGCCUACUUGGAGAUGGCACAUGGCUAUGUAAAGCAAAGCCUGAACUGUUUGAGCAAGCGUUCCAUCACCUUCUUGUGCGGAGAUGCAGGACCCCUGGCUGUGGCCGCAGUGCUGUACCACAAAAUGAACAGUGAAAAGCAGGCAGAGGACUGCAUCACACGGCUCAUUCACCUAAAUAAGAUUGACCCCCAUGCUCCAAAUGAAAUGCUCUAUGGCAGAGCAGGCUACAUCUAUGCUCUUCUUUUUGUCAAUAAGAACUUUGGAGAGGAGAAGAUUCCUCAAAGCCAUAUUCAGCAGGUUUGUGAAACAAUUUUACAGUCUGGAGAAAACCUAGCUAGAAAGAGAAACUUCACAGCCAAGUCUCCGCUGAUGUAUGAGUGGUACCAGGAGUAUUACGUGGGGGCUGCUCACGGCCUGGCAGGAAUUUACUACUACCUGAUGCAGCCCAGCCUCCAGGUGAACCAAGGGAAGUUGCAGAGUCUGGUGAAGCCCAGCAUCGACUUUGUCUGCCAGCUGAAGUUCCCGUCUGGCAAUUACCCGCCCUGUGUGGAUGAUACCAGAGAUCUGCUUGUGCACUGGUGCCACGGUGCCCCUGGGGUCAUCUACAUGCUCAUCCAGGCCUACAAGGUGUUCAGAGAGGAACAGUACCUGUGUGAUGCCUACCGGUGUGCUGAUGUCAUCUGGCAGUAUGGGUUGCUGAAGAAGGGCUAUGGUCUGUGCCAUGGUGCUGCAGGGAAUGCCUAUGCCUUCCUGGCACUCUACAACCUCACGCAAGAUGUGAAGUACCUGUACAGAGCCUGCAAGUUUGCUGAAUGGUGCUUAGACUAUGGGGAGCACGGGUGCCGAACACCAGACACGCCCUACUCACUCUUUGAAGGAAUGGCUGGAACAAUAUAUUUCUUGGCCGACCUUCUAGUCCCCACGAAAGCCAGGUUCCCUGCAUUUGAACUAUGAGAGAAGCAUGCCCCCCCCCCCCCCCCCCGCACUUAACAGCAUGACCCUUCCUCUGUGUUCAAACCUGGGCUAAGUGCUUUUGUUGCUUUUCAAGGAAACAGAUUCAAACUGUGUGCUUCAUUGAGUUGGUUUUUUUCAUAAUUUGUCUUUAGAGUUCAGUUCCAUUCUUUUAUUGUUUACUUUUAUUUAAAAGUGUACAAGAAAACCUUUAUAUUUCUUCCAAAAGGAAGGGUAGGUGAUAAGUACAGUAUUUUGUAGUCAUUUACAUAUAUUUCCAAACUUGAAGGAAAUCUUAUUUAAAGUUUGAAUAACAAUCUAUUCCUAUUCUUAAAAAGUAUUUCCAAAAAAACUAAAUAAGCCAGGCCUGAUAACAUGUGCCUUUAACCCCAGCUACUCAGGGGAUUGAGGCAGGAGGAUCACAAAUUCAAGGCCAACCUGGACAACUUAAUGAGACCCUGUCUCAAAAGUCAAAAUUUAAAAAGGCCUAGGGUUAUAGCUCAAUAGUUGAGUUUUUUUCUAGAAUGCAAUUGCCCUAGAUUCAGUCCCCAGUAAAAAUACCACAAAAUAAUAAGCAGGUAUAUGUAUAUAGCAAAUGUUGAUAUUGCCUUCCAUCUCUCCUGUGUAAUAUAUUUCCUCCAACAGAAGUGUAGUUUUAAGUGGUUGAUUAUAAAAGGGGACAAAAAUACAACUAUAUGCUUCCAGAAGAAGAACCACAAGAAUUGCAAACUGUCCUAGGGACCUACAUCCCAUUUUCCAGAUCCUGGUGACUGUUGGGAAGAAGUAAACAUGCUUCUGAGCUUGCCGGUCUGUCAGCAGUAAGUGGCCCAGGCACUGCAGGUCAGCAUUUUUAUCAAAAGCUUGUAAAAUUUACGUGUUAGUUGUCAUGAAAAUUCUCAUUUGAAAGUUAAUUUGUUAGUAAUAAUUUAUUGUUUUCUCUUUUAAAACCAACUUGUGGAUUUGGGAACUAUUGAUUUCACCUGCUUAUCCUGUAGUGUUCGUAGGCUCAGGAGGCAUAUCUCCUAUGUGAGCUGCUGUGACCAGGAUCCAGUCCACCUCGUGCAGCCACACUCCUCCAGCUUUGUUCUGCACAGUGUGCUUUCAUGCUGAGUGUCUGGCACAAGCCAUAAAAUAUGUUCCUCUGUCACUUUACUUAACACUGAUCUUUGCAUUAAAUAGUAUAGAAUUUUGUGUAUGUUUAAGAGGGCAAGAAGAGGAAUGCUGUGGGGGCAGUAAGUUGAGAAAACACUAAGCUCUCUGUCAGGAAUACCAUGUAUUAGGAGGUACUAGUUUGUUCUUACACAGAUGAAUCUCUGUAUCCCCUAAGAGCAGCCCUUCAUUGGUUCUGAAAGCACAGAACAGGGUUUAUGUGGUAGAGGAAACUCCCUGGGGCUUCUCAUUCUGAACAAAUGUUCACUCAUCAGCUCUUCCUCUUCCUCCUCCUCUUCCUAUUGCUGCCUUUCCCACAUCUAUUUAGACUUGUUAACUGCUUUCCGAAUAUUUUUUUAUUUUAAAGCAACAGGGCUUGAGAAAUUUAAAUGUGCAUAUUUUAUGGCUCUCUCGGCCACAAAAGCACGUUAUUUCUACUAGAAAUUUAUAUCAAAUUAUAUCCCCACAGAGUGUGUGUGCUGGUUCCUAUGAGGAAGAGUCCCCUGUUAUAUUCUAUUUAGCUCCCCACAAAAAGCUAAUAUUAGCAAUUUCUGGACUGUUAAAGAAUACCUACCACAGGAUAUGAAAAGUAGCCCCCUGCUCACACUCUUGAGUUGGAUUGCUCCAUUUGUGACUUGAGUGAGUCAGGGACCUUGCUUCUUAGCCUUCUGAAGUGCUGUGGGUACACGGGCUUUUGCCUGGGUAUCCAGCUUGAAGGACAAAGCUUAUAUGAUUUAGUUAAGUAUCUUACAUUGUGCCUGGACAGGAAACUUCAUCACAGUGUUUCUCUGAGUGUCUUGACUAAUUUAACCCCAGGAAGAACUCAAAACAGUACAUUUUGAUUAAGUCUUGUCACAAUCUAAAUUGCCUGUUGUCAUCCAUUAACAAAUUCCUCAGCACAAAUACAACUUGGGUUUCUAUCUUAUUUCAAAGUAGAAAGAUGUUUGUGCCACUGUUUUAUUUAUGCUAUAGAACGAGGAAUGCUUUAUUAGGAUUUUACACUAAGGCAGAGUGUACAAACCGUAGACUAGUGCCUCAGUACCAUGAUACUGUCAGACAGAAGCAUUUCCACUAACUGUCUCACUCAGUUUACACAGGAAGCAGCUUCAUUGGUUCUACCACACUUUUAGGUGGCUGAUUCUAUCAAAUUUUUUCCCUCAAAUAUUUUUCUUCUUGGUAAAAAAAAAAAAAAAAACUUUGUAAAAUUUACUUCCCGAAAAAACUAGUACCAGUGCUUACCUCCACUCAAAGACUAGAUAGUGAAACCUGUAGAACUUUUCAGGCAGCACCCAUCUAUCCCAACAUAGGUUUCUGUUCAUGUAGUGAUGAGAAAGUGCAAAGGUGAACUCCUGGUCAUGUAAAGCAUGCCAACAUUAUUGUGACCCUUUCCAUAGAUCCUACUGGGUAUGACUUUCCUCUGAACUGCCAGUCUCUAAUCCUUACCCUCAUCCAGCUCCCUUUCAGCUUUGCUGUCAGAAGCAUCCAUGGUAGGAAGAGUUUUAGGUAAAAAGGGAUCUAAGGGUAUUUUUCUGUCCUAUCCCCACUUCCCUAAAUACUUGAGAAAGAUGCUCAGCUCCUAUAUUCUCAGGUCUGUGUGGGUCUUUCUGAUUUUAUGUUCUUGCCUUCUACCUUACAUAAAUGUAAAGGGUGGCAUGUAUUCACAUUCUCCUUUCAUUCCUAGAGCUCAUCUGUAGUCCUUGAUGUCUUAUCCUGAAUUUUGAUUCCUAUUCUACUGCCUUGAAACAUGUCAGAGCCCAUUUCUGAAUGCACUGGUUAUUGGGCUGCAGAACUAAUUCCCUCCUAUAGAUAUUCAGUGAACCACCCCAAUAUUACAUUACCAUUUAUUAAAAAGGGUGGAAUCACCUGUACUUAUGUCAUGUAAAGAAUUUAACUUACUUGUUCUCAAUAAAAGUUUAUUACACUA